UUUUUUUUUUUUUUUUUUUUGAGACAUGGCCCGGGCAGUGGCUCCUGGAAGAGGAACAAGUGUGGGAAAAGGGAGAGGAAGCCGGAGCUAAAUGACAGGAUGCAGGCGACUUGAGACACAAAAAGAGAAGCGUUCCUCUCGGAUCCAGGCAUUGCCUCCCUGCUUUCCUUUCUCCAAGACGGGCUGAGGAUUGCACAGCUCUAGGCGGAGUUGGGGCUCUUCGGAUCGCUUGGAUUCCCCUCUUUGCUGCAUUUCCCCCCACGUCCUCGUUCUCCCGCGUCUGCCUGCGGACCCGGCGAAGGGAGAAUGGAGAAGGGGCUGCCGCUCCUCUGCGCCGCGCUCGCCCUAGCCCUCGCCCCGGCCGGCGCUUUUCGCAACGAUAAAUGUGGCGAUACUAUAAAAAUUGAAAGCCCCGGGUACCUUACAUCUCCUGGUUAUCCUCAUUCUUAUCACCCAAGUGAAAAAUGUGAAUGGCUGAUUCAGGCUCCGGACCCAUACCAGAGAAUUAUGAUCAACUUCAACCCUCACUUCGAUUUGGAGGACAGAGAUUGCAAGUAAGUGGGAAUGUGUUUGAACAGGGCACCACAGCACCAUCUAGUGGUCACGCCUGUCUACGGGGGGGAGUCAGUGUGUACAA